CUGUGAUAAUAUACCUUUUACUCUGUUAUAUGAUAAGCGAGCACAUGUUAGUUAUAUAUCUAUGAUGAAUGGUGAUGACUAGUGUAGACUGAUGAAGUUUAUAGUGAUAAAUGAAUUUUGCUUCGAGUCUGAAAUGUUGACGGAGUAUAUUUAAAGACAGUUGAUGUUAUGAAAACUAAUUAAAAUGGAUAACCAAUGUACUCCAUUCCAACACAGUGCAAAGAAUAAACUUUUCAAUACUAAAAAGAGGCCUCUACAAUAUGAAGAAUGUUACAAGCACAAAAAAUUUAAAUCACAAGAAAUUAACUAUAAACCAGACGUUGAUAUUGUUACAUUAUUCAAAUUAGAGUUGGAAAGAAUUUUAAUAAAUUCUAAUGUAUUAAACACAACUAUAACAGACAUCCUACCUUAUGGAUCAAGAAUUUCAGGUCUUAAUAUUACUGACAGCGAUGUUGACUUUAAUGAUCAACAAAUAUUUAUUAUGGAAUCAAAGUCAUGUCGACAGAAAAAUGCUAUGAUAUCUUUAUCAAAACCAAAAUAUAAAAAGUCUUUACCAGAAAAACAGAAUACCUGGGGUAAUCUAUUAAAUAAAAAAUCAGUCGGAACCAAUACAGCAAUAAGUACCAAAAAUAAAACUAAAAAAUAUUCCUCUAUUCCUGAGAUGAAUACUAAAUCAAUGACCAAGAGUGUACAAUGUAAUGAUUCACCUAUUGAUAAAGAAUGUAAAAGUUUUACUUCACUUUCUGUAUUCAAUCCUAUCAGAACAUUACAAUUUUUACUAAAGGAAAUUAAGGAAUUCCCAAGUAUUCAAAAUGGAGACAUUGCAAAAAUUGUUAAUGAAAUGCAAGUAGUUGUGGGUAGAAUUGUUGAUGAAUGUGCUGAAAAUUCUCCUAGUUCUAAAUUAAAUAAUAACCUAGCUAUUAACUAUAAUUCUAUGAUUCCGACCAGAGAUAAUGAUUAUUGUAAAAAUUUAAAAUAUGAUAAUAGUUCUCAGGAAAAUAAAUAUUUGUCUGUACUGUUAGCAAAAAUAUCAGAACUUGAAAAUCAUUAUAGUCAACAGAUAAAAGAUAACACUAAGUCUAAAGAAAAAUUACAGAGUGUGACAUCUGAAAGGGAUAGAUUACUUGAGAAAUUUAAAGAAUCGUGCGAUUCGUUAGAAAAGUUAAAUAAUCGUGAACGUGAAUAUUUAGAUACAAUCACAGCACUUAAGUCCAAACUUGUAAUUUCAGAAAAAUUAAUUAGAGAUCAAGAUAUCAUCAUUACGGAUUUAAAUAAAAGAUUGAAUAAUUUACCAAAUAAAAAUAAAACACAGGAGUAUGAGAAUGAAAAUAUUCCAACUGAACAACAUAAUACUUACAAAACAGUAUUAAAAGAAAAUAACGAAUUCAACAAAAUCACAAAAUCACAUUUGGAUAAAUUAGCUAUUACCAGUACUUUUAAAGAUAAUGAAGUCUCCAAACUCAGAUCAGAUAUAAAGCAAAUGAAGCAAAUUGUUUUAACUGGAUUAGAAAAUAAUAAUAUUAAAUCUGUGUCAAUGACAUCAUUGAAAUCAGAAGACAACCUAAUCAAGGAUUUUCUUAAGCAUAAUGAAGAUAAUAAAAAAUAUGAAGACAAUGAUAUUGAUACACAAUAUACUGAAUACAACAGAGAAGCAUCGGCUAUAAAACUAGCUAAAACAGAACUUCAUCAGUUAUUUGAAACAAUUAAAACACAAGCUUAUCAUUCAAAAAAACUUUUCAAUUCCACUUUUGUAGAUAAUGAAAGAGUUUUAAGUGACAUUUCUGAUGAAGAAGAAAGCUCAAAUGUAUCAAACUUUAUGAGUGUGGUGACACAUUCAAGUUGUUAAUGAUUUUAUACACUUGAAAAAGAUUUUUUAGAUGUAAAUAUAUAUAUAUAUAUAUAUA